GGAGCCUGGAGGACUAGCGAGGAGUAGUUGAGAGAACGGAGCAGACGCCAUGGCGACCAACAUCGAGCAGAUUUUUAGGUCUUUCGUGGUCAGUAAAUUUCGGGAAUUCCAACAAGAGCUUUCCAGUGGAAGGAACGAAGGCCAGCUGAAUGGUGAAACCAGUACGCCUAUUGAAGGAAACCAAGCAGGUGAUUCAGCUGCUUCUGCUAGGAGCCUACCAAAUGAAGAAAUAGUGGAAAAGAUAGAAGAAGUACUUUCUGGAGUUUUAGAUACCGAACUACGAUAUAAACCUGACUUGAAGGAGGCUUCCAGAAAAAGUAGAUGUGUAUCUGUACAAACAGAUCCUCCUGAUGAUGAAAUUCCAACCAAAAAAUCAAAGAAACAUAAAAAGCACAAAAAUAAAAAGAAGAAAAAGAAGAAAGAAAAGGAGAAAAAAGAUAAAAGGCAACCAGAAGAAUCUGAGUUAAAGCCUAAAUCUUAUCAUGAUGGGAACAUAGAUAGAGAAUCUGAUUCUUUUUUAAAGUUAGAUUCUGAACCUUCAGCAGUGGCACUGGAACAUCCUUUAAGAGUGCUUGGCUUACCUGAAACCAGUGAUUCUUCUGCAGUUGUGCUAGAACCCCCUCCACUUGCAAUGGAGGUAUCAGAGCCACACAGUUUAGAAACUCUGAAGCCAGCUAUAAAAACUGCAGACCUGUCUGUUGCAUCUACAUCAGUAAUGUCAGAGCAUUCUGUGGCAGUAAUGCUAGAACCGUCCAUGUCAGAGAUUACGGAUUCCUUUGCAACAGCACCAGUGCCUGCUACAACACUAGUGCUAAAGCCAUCUGAGCCAGUUGUAACAAUGCCAGUGGAUUAUCAGAUGAAGUCUUUGGAGAGUUCAUCUCCAGAGCCAUCAAAUAUCUUUUUGGAAGAGCCUCCAGUUGCAAAAUCACUGGAACCAACAGAAACUCUUGUGGAUUCUUCAGAGACACCUAUUGAGGUACACAGUGAGCCAAGCACAUCAACAGUGGAUUUUCCAGAGUCAUCUGUACCUGAAGUGCUAAGAUUUCCAGAGCAGCCUGUAGAUGUACCAUUGGAGAUUGCAGAUUCAUCUGUGACAAGACCACAGGAGUUGCCGGAGCUGCCUAAGACCACAACGUUGGAGCUGCCGGAGUCGUCGGUGGCCUCAGCGAUGGAGUUGCCGGGGCCACCUGCGACCUCCAUGCCGGAGUUGCAGGGGCCCCCUGUGACUCCAGUGCUGGAGUUACCUGGGCCCUCUGCUACCCCAGUACCAGAGUUGCAAGGGCCCCCUUCUACCCCAGUGCCCGAGUUAACAGGGCCCUCUGGGACUGUAGUGUCUGAGUUGCCGGGGCCCUCUGUGACACCAGUGCCACAGGUGCUGCAGGAAUUGCCUGCACUCCCAGCGUCAUCCGUUGGGUUGGAGCCACCACAGGAGGUCCCAGAGCCACCUGUGAUGGCACAGGAGUUACCAGGGCUGCCUGUGGUGACAGCAGCAGCAGAGUUACCUGGGCAGCCUGUGGUAACAGCAGUGGAGUUGACCGAACAACCUGUGACGACGACAGAGUUGGAGCAGCCCGUGGGAAUGACAUCGAUGGAACAUCCUGGGCAACCUGAGGUGACAACGGCAACAGGGUUGCUGGGGCAGCCUGAGGCAGCGAUGGUGCUGGAGUUGCCAGGACAGCCAGUGGCAACAACAGCGCUGGAGUUGCCGGGGCAGCCUUCGGUGACUGGGGUGCCAGAGUUGCCAGGGCUUCCUUCGGCAACUAGGGCACUGGAGCUGUCAGGGCAGCCUGUGGCAACUGGGGCACUAGAGUUGUCUGGGCAGCUUAUGGCAACUGGGGCACUGGAGUUCUCGGGGCAGUCUGGGGCAGCUGGAGCACUGGAGCUUUUAGGGCAGCCUCUGGCAACAGGGGUACUGGAGUUGCCAGGGCAGCCUGGGGCGCCAGAGUUGCCUGGGCAACCUGUGGCAACUGUGGCGCUGGAGAUUUCUGUUCAGUCUGUGGUGACAACAUCGGAGCUGUCAACGAUGACCGUGUCGCAGUCCUUGGAGGUGCCCUCGACGACAGCGCUGGAAUCCUAUAAUACGGUAGCACAGGAGCUGCCUACUACAUUAGUGGGGGAGACUUCUGUAACAGUAGGAGUGGACCCCUUGAUGGCCCAGGAAUCCCAUAUGUUAGCUUCUAACACCAUGGAGACCCAUAUGUUAGCGUCCAACACUAUGGACUCCCAGAUGCUAGCGUCCAACACCAUGGACUCCCAGAUGCUAGCAUCCAACACUAUGGACUCCCAGAUGUUAGCAACCAGCUCCAUGGACUCCCAGAUGUUAGCCACUAGCUCCAUGGACUCCCAGAUGUUAGCCACCAGUUCCAUGGACUCCCAGAUGUUAGCCACCAGUUCCAUGGACUCCCAGAUGCUAGCCACCAGUUCCAUGGACUCCCAGAUGCUAGCCACCACCACCAGUUCCAUGGACUCCCAGAUGCUAGCCACCAGUUCCAUGGACUCCCAGAUGCUAGCCACCAGUUCCAUGGACUCUCAGAUGCUAGCCACUAGCUCUAUGGACUCCCAGAUGUUAGCAACCAGUACUAUGGACUCCCAGAUGUUAGCAACUAGCUCCAUGGACUCCCAGAUGUUAGCAACUGGUACUAUGGACUCUCAGAUGUUAGCUUCGGGCACCAUGGAUGCUCAGAUGUUAGCGUCUGGUACCAUGGAUGCCCAGAUGUUGGCAUCUAGUUCCCAAGAUUCUUCUAUGUUGGACUCAAAAUCUCCUGAUCCUUAUAGGUUAGCCCAGGAUCCCUACAGACUAGCCCAGGAUCCCUACAGAUUAGGUCAUGACCCGUAUAGAUUAGGUCAUGAUGCUUACAGGUUAGGACAGGACCCUUACAGAUUAGGCCAUGAUCCUUAUAGACUAACUCCUGAUCCCUAUAGGAUGUCACCUAGGCCCUAUAGGAUAGCACCUAGGUCUUACAGGAUAGCACCUAGACCAUAUAGGCUAGCACCUAGACCCCUGAUGUUAGCUUCUAGACGUUCUAUGAUGAUGUCCUAUGCUGCAGAACGUUCCAUGAUGUCAUCUUAUGAACGCUCUAUGAUGUCUUAUGAGCGGUCUAUGAUGUCCCCUAUGGCUGAGCGCUCGAUGAUGUCAGCCUAUGAGCGCUCGAUGAUGUCAGCCUACGAGCGCUCGAUGAUGUCCCCUAUGGCUGAACGCUCUAUGAUGUCAGCUUAUGAACGCUCUAUGAUGUCAGCUUAUGAACGCUCCAUGAUGUCCCCAAUGGCUGACCGAUCUAUGAUGUCCAUGGGUGCCGACCGGUCCAUGAUGUCGUCAUACUCUGCUGCUGAUCGGUCUAUGAUGUCAUCGUACUCUGCAGCUGACCGAUCUAUGAUGUCGUCUUAUACAGCUGAUCGUUCAAUGAUGUCUAUGGCAGGUGAUUCUUACACCGAUUCUUAUACUGAUACAUACACGGAGGCGUAUAUGGUGCCACCUUUGCCUCCGGAAGAACCUCCAACAAUGCCACCAUUGCCACCUGAGGAGCCACCAAUGACACCGCCAUUGCCACCUGAGGAACCACCAGAGGGUCCUGCAUUACCUGCUGAGCAGUCAGAGUUAACAACUGAAAAUGCAUGGCCUACUGAUGUCUCAACUUUGCCUCCUGAAGAAUCAGUACCGCUUCCUGAGCCGCCUACAAGUCAAAAUGAGAUUACAGAACCUUUGACCGUGCCUGCUGAUUUUUCAUUGUCAGCAUCAGAGCCUUCAGUGGUAGCAUCAGAGGCUGUUGUAACUGUUCCAGAACCACUCCCAGAGCCAGAGUCUUCAGUUCUGUCAGCACCUGUGCAGUCUGCUGUAUUAGAACAUGAAAAUAUGCCACAAGUACCUGAAAUGCCCAUGAUGGCUGAAUCUACUACAUUACCAUCAGAGACUCCUGGCAUGUCAGAUGCAGCGGAAACCUUUGAAUCCGUCAGAGGUUCAGGAAAUAGUGCUGCAGAAGUACCGUUGUCCUUCUUGAACCCAGCUGUAACUAUUGCAGAAUCAGUGCACAGCACUCCAGAGCGAUUAUCCAUGGCUGUCUCAGAGCUGCCAGCAGUGGUCAUCCCGGAGCCAAUGGUGAUGGCUGUCCCAGAGCCUUUGGCUGUACCUGUCUCAGAGCCGUUGGCAGUACCUGUCCCAGAGCCACUGGCUGUCCCAGAGCCAUUGGCUGUCUCUGAGGUGCUGGUGGUAGCUGUCUCAGAACCACUGACUGUGACUGAGCCAGAGCGUGUUCCUGGGCCCGUAGUUUCUGCCCUGGAGCCUCCUGUACCGAUUGGGGAACCACCAGCGUCAGUACUUCAGCCUACCAUGAUUGUUUCAGAGCCAUCUGUUUCUGUUCAGGAAUCUACACUGACAAUUUCAGAGCCUGCAGUUACUGUCACAGAGCACACACAAGUAAUUUCAACUGAACUGGUUUUACAGUCUACAUCAGUGAUAGUGGAGUCCAGCGUUAUGUCCUCCACACACAUCAUAAAGGGAAUGAAUUUAGUACCUGGUGAUUCUAAUCUUGCUCCAGAGAUUGGUGUGCAGGAUAUUACCAUGUAUUCAGGUGAAGAGCCACAAGGUGAAGGAUGCCUGAAGAGUGAAUCUUAUGCACAUGAACAUAGUAUGAGUAUAGACCUUGGUGUAAAUAAUCAUUUAAUUGGUAGAGAAACAGAGCAUAAUACAGUGUCUGCUACUAGCACUGAUGGAGGUGUUGAAAUGGACAAGAAAAUGUUACCUGUCAGUGAGACUGAACAAUGCACAGUAUUAGUUACUUGCCCUGGUGUUAGUGAGGCAGAUGUAGGUGGAACUUUGUCUUCUACUGAUCCUCUUUCUCUUGAACCUGAUGCGAAAGGAACUAGUGAAGGUACUGAACUUGCCACAGCAUCUCCUUUCAGUUCAGUUAAUAAAUAUGUUGAGGUAUCUUUAACUACCCAAGAUACUGAACAUGAUAUGGUAAUUUCCACCAGCCCAAGUGGUGGUAGUGAAGCUGACAUAGAGGGACCUUUACCUGCUAAAGACAUUCAUCUUGAUUUACCAUCCAAUACUGUUAGUGAGCAUACAGCAGGACCAUUACCUGUGAAAGAUAGUGACCAGACAGUAGCAGUUGCUUUAAGCCCUAAAGAAAGUAGUGAAGAUAAAGAAGUAUCUCUUCCCACAAAGGAGGUAAUACCUGAUUCAGGACUUUCUGCCAAUAUUGAAGAUAUUAAUGAAGCAGAUUUAGUGAGACCAUUACUUCCCAAAGACAUGGAACGUCUUGCAAACCUUAGAGCUGGUAUUGAAGGAUCUUUACUUGCAAGUGAUGCUGAUAAACCUGCUGCAAGUCCAGUUGUAACUGGUUUACUAGAUAGAGCUUCAGAGUCAUCUUCAGAGGAAAAAGAUGAUUAUGAAAUAUUUGUAAAAGUUAAGGACACACAUGAAAAAAGCAAGAAAAAUAAGAACCGUGAUAAAGGUGAAAAAGAGAAGAAGAGAGACUCUUCCUUAAGAUCUCGAAGCAAACGUUCCAAGUCUUCUGAGCACAAAUCACGCAAGCGCACCAGUGAAUCUCGUUCUAGAGCAAGAAAGAGAUCAUCUAAGUCCAAGUCUCAUCGUUCCCAAACACGUUCACGGUCACGUUCAAGACGCAGGAGGAGAAGCAGCAGGUCAAGAUCAAAGUCUAGAGGAAGAUGUUCUGUAUCCAAAGAGAAGCGCAAAAGAUCUCCAAAGCACAGAUCCAAGUCUAGGGAAAGAAAAAGAAAAAGAUCAAGUUCCAGAGACAAUCGAAAAACAGUCAGAGCUCGCAGUCGCACCCCAAGUCGACGGAGUCGAAGUCAUACUCCAAGUCGUCGAAGAAGGUCUAGAUCUAUUGGGAGAAGGAGGAGCUUUAGCAUUUCUCCAAGUCGGCGCAGCCGUACCCCAAGCCGGAGGAGUCGCACCCCGAGCCGCCGCAGCCGCACCCCGAGCAGGAGGAGUCGCACUCCGAGCCGGCGCAGCCGCACUCCAAGCAGGAGGAGUCGCACCCCGAGCCGCCGGAGAAGGUCAAGAUCUGUGAUAAGACGAAGAAGCUUUAGUAUAUCACCAGUCAGACUGAGGCGGUCACGAACACCUUUGAGAAGAAGGUUUAGCAGAUCUCCUAUUCGUCGUAAAAGAUCCAGGUCUUCUGAAAGAGGAAGAUCGCCUAAACGUUUGACAGAUUUGGAUAAGGCUCAAUUACUUGAAAUAGCCAAAGCAAAUGCAGCGGCCAUGUGUGCUAAGGCUGGUGUUCCUUUACCGCCAAACCUAAAACCUGCACCUCCACCUUCAAUAGAAGAGAAAGUUGCAAAAAAGUCUGGAGGAGCAACGAUAGAAGAACUGACAGAGAAAUGCAAACAGAUUGCACAAAGUAAAGAAGAUGAUGAUGUAAUAGUGAAUAAACCUCAUGUUUCGGAUGAAGAGGAAGAAGAACCUCCUUUUUAUCAUCAUCCCUUUAAACUCAGUGAACCCAAACCCAUUUUUUUCAAUCUGAAUAUUGCUGCAGCAAAGCCAACACCACCAAAAAGCCAGGUAACAUUAACAAAAGAAUUUCCUGUAUCAUCGGGAUCUCAACAUCGAAAAAAAGAAGCAGAUAGCGUUUAUGGAGAGUGGGUUCCUGUCGAAAAAAAUGGUGAAGAAAACAAAGAUGAUGAUGAUAAUGUUUUCAGCAGCAAUUUGCCCUCUGAGCCUGUGGACAUCUCUACAGCAAUGACUGAGCGAGCACUUGCUCAGAAAAGACUCAGUGAGAAUGCAUUUGACCUUGAAGCCAUGAGCAUGUUAAAUCGAGCUCAGGAACGGAUUGAUGCCUGGGCUCAGCUGAACUCUAUCCCUGGCCAGUUUACAGGAAGUACUGGAGUACAGGUUCUGACACAAGAACAGUUGGCUAAUACUGGUGCUCAAGCUUGGAUUAAAAAGGAUCAGUUCUUAAGAGCAGCCCCCGUAACUGGAGGAAUGGGCGCCGUUUUGAUGAGAAAAAUGGGCUGGAGAGAAGGAGAAGGAUUAGGAAAAAACAAAGAAGGAAAUAAAGAACCUAUUCUAGUUGAUUUUAAGACGGACCGAAAAGGUCUUGUUGCAGUAGGAGAAAGAGCCCAAAAGAGAUCUGGGAACUUCUCUGCUGCAAUGAAGGAUCUAUCAGGCAAACAUCCUGUGUCUGCCUUGAUGGAAAUCUGUAAUAAGAGAAGGUGGCAACCACCUGAAUUUCUCUUGGUCCAUGAUAGUGGCCCUGAUCAUCGCAAACAUUUUCUUUUUAGGGUAUUGAGAAAUGGAAGCCCUUACCAGCCCAAUUGUAUGUUUUUCUUGAAUAGGUAUUGA